ACACACACACACACACACACACACACACGGUUAGUUCAUUCUGCCCGUGUGUGCAUUAUACCCUAGGCUGCACAGGCAGCCAGCCGUGUCAUCAGCCUCUGAAGCUGCCUCUCCCACGGCCAAACGGCCAGCCCGCCUGGCAGAAGAGGUGGCUGCAGCAGGACGGCAAGUGCUGACUCAGCUCUGGAACUCCACGGAUGACUGAUUGCCCGCAUCUCUAGCGCCCUGGAUUCUCUGCCUCAUUGGGCAGCUGCGGGCUUUGGGCUUAGCUGCCCAGAGGAUUUCACGUGGUUCCAGAUAAUAGAUCUGAGAUACGGAGGGCUGCGCGGAAAGGAGACCACGUCAAAAGGCCUGGGGGUGGGGCAGGAAGCGGCGCCCUCCGUUUCGUUCAGGGCCUCAAAGCAGUCCCAAGAUAAAAGGGCAGGGGCAAGGAUGGCGAGCCCCUUCCCCGCAAACGAAGCAAAAACAGAUCCUCCCCUUUUUUUUCACAUGCCUUGGAACGCAUCCACAUAUUCAUUGGCCGUUUUUUUGAGUGCAAAAACCCCUCGCUGAGAAAGGAGCAAAGUUCAAAUCAAGCACCCCUUCCGACUGUUUUAAGCUUGCCGGAACAAUCUGUAUCCAAAUCAGAAUCCCAGGGAAUCUGUGGGGAGCCCAAGGGAAUCUGUGGGUGCCUCUCUCUUGAGCGUUGAGGUUUUUUUCCCCCCUUCUGUUCCUAUGCCAGACUUUGCCCGGGGCCAAACACCCAGCUUUCCAAACAAUCUAUUGCCACAAUGCAACAAACCUCUGGAUUACGUAUUGACCAGCUUUUGUGGCUCACGGUCUUCAGACAGGCACCCUCAGCAGGGUCUGUUCAAGCAUCACCCUUAGCCAGGCGAGAUGGGGGGGGGGAACACAGCAGUUAACUUCUAGCAAUCAAGACUGUAAACCUGGCUCCUUCCAGAUGUGCUUAGCUUGGGUCCCCAGGGAAGAUAACGCUGCAGCAGAACAGCCGUACCAGGAGAGGUGGAAGGGAAGGGAGAUGGGGAAAAAAGGCCAGAGACCCAACACCAAAGGGUCUUUGGGGGGGGGGGAGGAUCCUAGGUUGGUCUAGGCUGGGGUGUUUUCUUCUGGGCUGGCAGCCUUCUAUGAAAACAGCUGUGUUUUCUGCCCUCCUGCAGCACCGGGCUGAGACUGAGGCACCCUGGCAGCCCUGCAGGGUUGGGAAAAAGGGGCGCACCUCUGUUUGGCUGGCAUCCCAAGGACGGCUCCCCUCAGGGCAAGGGAAGCAGAAGAAGGCCGGUGCGGUGGAUGGAAGAGCCUUUGGUGACUGUCCCGGCAGAGAGGUCCACAAGCGGCCCCUGACCCCAAAUGCAGCUUCCGUCUGGCCUUCUGAGCCCCCCACCCAGCCCCUUCCCCUGCCGGCCCACAGAGAGAGAAAGACCAGCGAGGAAAGGUGGCUCAGGCCUCCAGCCGGCUGGACGAGGCCACGUUCCCGGAGGACACAGAAUCGGAGAGCACCCACUGGCUCCGGGAGAGUUACGAUAGCACGUUUGACGAUGAGGAUCUCAUGGCUGGCGGCCCGUCCGGAGAUGAGAACGGCAGCGGAGAGCACGGCAGCGGGAUCCCCUCGGUCGAGUCCCCCCACGAUCUCUUCUCCACAAACUUCUCAUCUCCUCCUGCUCCUCCUCCUCCUUCUCCUCUUCCUUCUCCUGCUGGCCCUCCUGCCCCUGCCCACCUGGCCGCCCCCGAGCCGGACGAUGAGUCUCCGCUCAUCUACUUCCGGGCUCAGGUGAACUUCACCCAGUCCCUCGAGUACAGCCCCCGCCUGGAAGAUGUCAACUCGGAGGCCUUCCUGGAGGUGUCCGAAGCGGUGGUGGAUACGCUGGAAUCUGAAUACAUCAAGAUCCCCGGCGAGCAGUCGGUCAGCGUGGUUUUUAUCAAGGAGGUCGACGGCUACAUCUUCGUGGAGCUGGACGUGGGAUCCGAGGGGAACGCGAACGACCGGCAGAUCCGCGAGGUGCUCUUCUCCGUGGUGGACAGCGGGUCCAUCGCCUCCUACCGCACCUCCCGGAAGGGAUUCCAGUUCCGGCGCCUGGGAGCAGCCCAAACCCCGCCUCCCCCCUUCUCUGAAGCGCCAACAGUCACCCCAGAAAUCCGGCCUUGCACGGCGGAGGAGUUCACUUGCCUGAGCGGAGAAUGCAUCGCCAGCGAGUUCUUCUGCGACCGCCGGCCGGAUUGCCGUGACAUGUCGGACGAGCUGGACUGCGAGGAGCCCGAUCCCCCCGAGUGCGCCCCUCAGGAGUUUGCCUGUGACAGCGGGGAAUGUGUACCCCAAGCGUCGCACUGCAACGGACACCCCGACUGCGGAGACGCUUCUGACGAGGAUGGCUGUGAACCAGAGAGGCCUUUGGGGCCCACCUCCUCUCUGUCGCCCAGCACUGCCCGGAUCCCUGCCACCACGUCCCCCAUCACCACCCGCCGGGUACCAGUCACUAAGCCCCCACUGGGCCCCGGAUUCAUCUCCUGCCGGAAAGACGAAAUCAUGUGCUCCAACGGGCAAUGCAUCCGCCGGGACUAUCUGUGUGAUGGCGAGCGGGACUGCCCAGACGGCAGUGACGAACAGAACUGCGGCACUCCCUCACCCUGCGAACCCAAUGAGUUCCGAUGCCGGAACGGGCACUGCGCCCUCACGCUUUGGCGCUGCGACGGGGACAAUGACUGCGCCGACGGCUCUGACGAGCUGGACUGCCCCACUAAGGCCCCUGGAGACACCUGUGGCCCCGACCAGUUUGUCUGCCUCUCCAGCCACACCUGCAUCCCGGCCAGCUACCAGUGCGAUGACGAGGCCGACUGCCAGGACCGCUCGGACGAGAUUGGCUGCAUCCCUCCACAGGUCAUCACUCCCCCGGAGGAGUUCAUCCAGGCUGCCCCAGGGGAAACCAUUCGCUUCACCUGUGUGGCCGUGGGCGUACCGACCCCCCUCAUCUCCUGGAGGCUCAACUGGGGCCAUAUCCCCAGCAGCCGCAGGGUGAGCUUCACCAGCGAGAACGGCCGGGGGACGCUGGUCAUCCAGGAUGUCAAGGAGGCCGACCAGGGGGCUUACACCUGCGAGGCUAUCAACGCCCGGGGAAUGGUCUUCGGCAUCCCGGACGGUGUGUUGAGCGUCACGCCCAGCCAAGGGCCCUGCCCCGAGAGGCACUUUCACGUUGAAGGGACCGGUCAGUGCUUGCCCUGUUUCUGCUUCGGGGUCGCCAAAUCGUGCCGCAGCACCGGCCGCUACCGUCAACAAAUCCAUCUCCGGUUCGAUGAACACAACAAUUUCAAAGGGGUGAACGUGACCUCCCUCGAUCAGCCCGGGACGCCUCCCCUGGCCUCAACGCAGAUGCAGAUUGACCCCGGCGUGCAGGAGUUCCUGCUGGUCGAUCUCUCUCGGCACUUCCUCAUGCACGAUGCCUUCUGGACCCUCCCCAAGCAGUUCCUGGGGAACAAGGUGGAUUCCUACGGAGGCUCCCUCCAGUUCACGGUGCGCUAUCACCUGGGCCGAGGCCAGUCGGAGCCUGUCCCGAAGCCGGACGUGGUCAUGGUGGGCAACGGGCAGAAGCUGUUUUACCGGCUGCAGACGCCCCCCGACCCCUUUGUGGCCAACCGGCGCCAGGUCCAUUUCACGGAGGAGAACUGGCAGAAGGCGUCCGGGGAGCCCGUAAGCCGAGAGGAGCUGCUUCUUUCUCUUCAGAACCUGGAGGCCCUCAUGAUCCAGACGGUUUACGAUAACCGGAUGGCCACCGUGGGACUGAGCAACAUCGUCAUGGACACCACCACCACAGAGGUCACCGGCCUGGGUGUGGCGCAUCAUGUCGAGGAAUGCAGGUGCCCCGUGGGCUACUCUGGCCUGUCCUGUGAGCGGUGCGAGCCUCACUUCAAGCGAGUGCCCAGCGGCCCUUACCUGGGCAUCUGUUCCGGCUGCAGCUGCCACGGCCACUCCACCUCCUGCGACCCCUUCUCUGGCUAUUGCCUGAACUGCCAGCACAACACUGAAGGGCCGCGGUGCGACAAAUGCAAGGUGGGCUUCUUCGGCGAUGCCACCCAGGCCAGCCCAACAGCGUGCCGGCCUUGCCCGUGCCCGUACACCGAAGUUCCACGCAGGUUUUCGAACUCGUGCUUCUUGGAUACGGACAGGCAGGCGACCUGCGACGCCUGUCUGCCGGGCUACACGGGACGCCGCUGCGAAAGGUGUGCUCCUGGCUACGAAGGCAACCCCAUCCAGCCAGGCGGGAAGUGCGUGCUGAUUGGAGGAGAAGGGAUCCCGCCUCCAGGGAAGGAUAUAGCCUGCGAUGAGCGAGGGGGCAGGAAGGCCUCGGAUGGGGGCUGCCGGUGCAAGCCCAAUGUCCAGGGCACGUCAUGCAGUGAGUGUGUCACGGGCAGCUUCCACUUGAGCCACGGGAACCCCGAUGGCUGCCUCCGCUGUUUCUGCAUGGGGGUCUCCCGCCAGUGCGCCAGCUCAUCCUGGAACAGAGAUCAGGUGCAGCUGGCACAGGAGGAUGCCCAGAGGGGGCAGUUUAGCCUCGCCGACUCAGCCAACACCCGGAUGGUCAGCGAGGGCAUCCGCUUCGCGGGGGGCUCGGAGCUCUCCUUCUCUUCCUUCCACAUUCUGCCACGGGACGUUUACUACUGGGUGCUGCCCGAGCGCUUCAGGGGAGACAAGGUGACCUCGUACGGCGGAGAGCUGCGCUACACCAUCACCCACCACGCCUUGCCCGGCUCCCCUCUGCUGCGCGGCCAGCCCGACGUUCUGCUGCAAGGAAACGGCAUUUUCCUGGAACACGUGGCGGCCAGCGCCCCCCUGCCUGGGGAGCCGACCACCUUUGCGGUGCCCUUCCGGGAGCAAGCCUGGCACCGUGCCGAUGGGCAGAACGCCACUCGGCAGCACCUCCUGAUGGCGCUGGCUGACAUCGAUGUUUUCAUGAUCCGGGCCUCCUACGCUGAGCGACCGUCUGAGAGCAGGAUCUCUGACAUCCACAUGGAUGUGGCAGUGCCACACGCCACGGGCCUGAACCCAGCCCCAGAGGUGGAGGACUGCACCUGCCCGCCCGGAUACCGAGGUCCAUCCUGCCAGGACUGCGACGUUGGGUACACGCGCACCACCAGUGGCCUCUACCUGGGCACCUGCGAGCCUUGCAGUUGCAACCGGCACGCAACCGAGUGCGACACGGAGACGGGAGAGUGCCAGGGCUGCCAGCAUCACACUGAAGGGCUCCAUUGUGAACGCUGCCAACCUGGAUUCUAUGGGGACGCCCGCCACGGGACGCCCAGAGACUGCCAGCCAUGCCCCUGCCACGGGCCACCUUCAGCCAUCCAACAAACCUGGACCUGCUUUGUGGAUGCAGACGGAGGGCCAACCUGUGACUCCUGUGCCCCGGGCUACAUCGGGCGCCAGUGUGAACGGUGUGCUCCUGGCUACGUUGGGAACCCGAGUCAGGGUCAACUCUGCACAGAUUCCAACUCCCGGUGCCAGUGCCACCCACAUGGCAGCAUCAGCAGCCGGUGUGAUGCCAACAGGCAGUGCCAGUGUAAGGACCACGUGGAGGGCUUACCCUGCGACCGCUGCCGCCUUCAUCACUUCCACCUGAGUGCGGAGAACCCCAUGGGCUGCCUGCCCUGCUUCUGCAUGGGGGUCACCCAGCAGUGCACCAGCUCGUCCUACCACCGGGACGUGAUCACUACCUCCUUCCAUCCCGGAGACUUCCAGGGCUUCGCGCUGGUCAACCGGCAGCGCAGCAUCCGCCUCCUGACCGGCUUCGCAGUGGAGGAGUCCCCCAGGGGCCCUCAGCUCUCCUACGGCCAAUUUGGGGAGCUGGGCCAGGAGUCCUAUUACUGGCAACUGCCGGAGGCCUACCUGGGAGACAAGGGGGAGACCUAUUAUGCCCGGAUGCGUCGUGCCCACAAGAACUCCACGUCCCUCUCGGAGCAGCAGCUGAGGAAGGAGGUGGCCGCGGGGUGGAUCCCCGGCCCUCCGGCCCUCCAGAGCAGGGGCAGGCGAGCUGCUCAGGCCCAGGAAAUCCAGCUGAGACAGGAUGCUGAUAUCUGGGAGAUGCUUUCCCGUAUUGCAGCAGAAGGCAGCUCCCCCACGUCCUCCCCACCCGCCAAACUGCGGAGGCCCCCUGUGGCCCGCAGAGGCCCCCUUCCUCCUCCUCGCUCGGCUGCUCCCCCAGGCAGGUCUUCUCUGCUCCCUCCUUCUCUGGCCGCCCCUCCCGGCUCAGUCCCCCAGGUACACCUCUUCUGCCUCAACCUCUGCACCUGUCUGGCUGGAAGGGGCUGGCAGCCCCUCUUUCCCCAAGCCCCUCUGUGGCAGUUGACCCCAGGCCCCUCCUGCCUUUCCUUUUCGCUGAAUUGCCAACCUGAGUGGCUGAAAACAUCUCUUCCUCUCUCCCUCUUUCUCCCUUAUUUCCUUCCUUCCUUCCUUCCUUCCUUCCUUCCUUCCUUCCUUCCUUCUCUCUGCGUGGGGCUGCCCCUCCUCUGUCCUGGAGUCCAGGGAGGUGGCCUUCCCAAAGGACAGUCUGUUGAUGCCAACAAGCACCUGAUUUUUGCUUCCCAGAACCGGCACUGGGGGGCUGAGGCCCCAAAGCGCUGGCUGCUCUAUCGGGGGCUCCGCCAGCUUCCCAAAGCCACUUUCUACUGGGAGCUGCCCAGGCCUUUCCUGGGGAACCAGGUGGGCUCCUACGGGGGACGCCUCCGCUACACCCUUGCCUACUCGGCCGGAGGGAGAGGCACCCCACUGCCUGAUGCGGAUGUGCAGAUUACCGGCAACGACAUCACCUUGGUGGCCUACCUGUCCGAGCUGCAGCCUGACGAGCACAAGAGCUUUGACGUGGUCUUCAGAGAGCAAUUGUGGAAGCGCCCAGAUGGGCAACCUGCCACGCGGGAGCACCUGCUGAUGGCCCUGGCCGACCUGGCUGAAAUCCUCAUCCGCGCCACGCACUCCACGGACAUGCGUUCGGCCGGCAUCGCAGGCGUCAGCAUGGAGACAGCCGUGCCCACUUACACCAGCCUGCCCCGGGCUUUGGAAGUGGAGGAGUGCCGCUGCCCGCCCGGGUACCAGGGCCUCUCAUGCCAGGACUGCGAGGCCGGCUACACCCGCACUGGCGGAGGGCUGUACCUGGGCCACUGCACGCUGUGCGAAUGCAACGGGCACUCGGAGUCCUGCCACCCUGAGACUGGCACCUGCUCGCACUGCCUGCACCAUGCGGCCGGGGAGUUCUGCGAACGGUGCUCCCCUGGCUACUACGGAGAUGCCACCGCCGGGACCCCCGAGGACUGCCAGCCCUGCGCUUGCCCAUUGCCGGAUCCCGAGAACCAAUUCUCACGGACGUGCGAGAGCCUGGAGGGGGGCGGCUACCACUGCACCGCCUGCGAACCCGGUUACACCGGCCAGUACUGCGAACAAUGCGCCUCCGGUUACACGGGCAACCCCAACAUCCGUGGGCAGAAGUGUCUUCCGCUGGGACCCCCCGACCAGCCCCGCCUGGUCAUCGAAGUCCAUCCCUCCCGCACGGCCGUGUCCCAGGGGAGCGAAGUGACCCUGCGUUGCCUGGUCAGAGGGGACCCGCCCCACUUCUUUUACUGGUCCCGGGAAGACGGGCGCCCCGUGCCAAGCGCCGUCCAGCUCAGGGAGCAAGGGAUGGUGUUGCACUUCGCCAGCGUCCAGCCCUCGGAGGCCGGCGUCUACAUCUGCACCUGCCGGAACCCCCAGUUCACCAACUCCAGCCGCAGCGAGGUGAUCGUCACAGAAGGCCCCAGCAAGGCCAUCUCCGUGACGGUGGAAGAGCAGAAGCUGCAGAACGUGAAGGCCGGCAGCGACGUCACCUUUCUCUGCACGGCCAGGAGCAAAUCUCCCGCUUACACGCUGGUGUGGACCCGGCAGAACAACAGGAAGCUGCCCAGCCGCGCCAUGGACUUCAACGGCAUCCUGACCAUACGCAACGUGCAGCCGGAGGAUGCCGGCAUCUACGUCUGCACGGGCUCCAACAUGUUUGACAUGGACGAGGGGACGGCCACCCUCUACGUGCAAGCUCCAUCGAAGACUCAGAUGUUCUAUGGUCCCGUAGAAAUGGUGGAAGGCCACAGACCCUCCACCGCUGCUGUCCAGCCCACGGCCACCGUCGAACCCUCCCAGCUGAGCGUCCAGCCGGGCCGACCGGCCGAGUUCCGCUGCUUCGUGACGGGAAGCCCCGAGCCCACCCUAGAGUGGAUCGGAGGACCCGGGGGCGUGAUCCCCCCCAAGGCCAUGAUCCAGGGCGGGAUCCUGCGCUUCCCUGCAGUUGAGCCUGCCGACGAGUCCCAGUACCUAUGCCGAGUGCGAAACAGCGUCGGGCAGCAUGUGGCCCGAGCUUUCCUGCAGGUGCAAAGUACCAGCGUCCCCCAAGUGCAGGUGAGCCCCGAGCGGACAGAGGUGCAGGAAGGCAGCACCGUCCGACUGUACUGCCGGGCGGCGGGCUCCCCAGCGGCCACCAUCACCUGGGAGAAAGAGGGCGGCAGCUUGCCUCCACAGGCGCUUCCUGUCUCCGGGUUUUUCCACUUCCAAAAUGGCAGCCGGGAGACCAUCCGGCAGCAAAUACAGGUGUUCCAGCAGUCCCACUCGGAGAGAACAGACAUCUCCACCCUGGUGAUUCCCUCCAUCACGGCCGCCGACGGAGGGGUGUACCUAUGCCUGGGCAGCAGCCCGAUGGGAGUCGGCAGAGCCCGCAUUGAAGUGGUGGUCAUUCGGGCGUCCGGCGUCUCGCCGACGGUCAAGAUCGAAGCUUCCUCUUCUUCGGUCACAGAAGGCCAGUCCUUGGACUUGAACUGCGUGGUGGCCGGCCAGCCUACAGCCUCCGUCACCUGGUACCGGCGGGGAGGGGCCUUGCCAGCCAACCACCAGAUCCAUGGGGCCCUCCUGCGAAUCUUGGAGGUCUCUGCCGCUGACUCCGGGGAAUACGUCUGCCGCGUCAGCAACGGAGCUGGCCCGAAGGAAGCCUCCAUCAAGGUGACCAUCUCCCAGGGGCCAUCCCCGGUCAGGAUUGACUCUGCCUCCUCGUCCAUCACCGAGGGUCAGGCUUUGGACCUCACCUGCCAGGUCACCGGCCUCUCGCAGCCCAGGGUCACUUGGUACAAGCGGGAAGGAGCCCUCCCGGCUAAUCGCAAGAUUUCUGGGCUCCAUUUGAGGAUUCUGAAGGCCACGGCAGCAGACUCGGGCGAAUACGUGUGUCGGGUGACGGACGGUGACAGCGGCGUGGUUCAAGAGGCCUCCAAAGUGAUCACUGUGCACAGCAGCUCCCAAACCUCGGGAGGAGUCGGGCCCCCGCUAUGGAUUGAGCCUUCAUCACCCUCCAUUAUCCAAGGAGAAGCUUUGGACUUGAACUGCAUUGUGGCCAGCCAAACCAGCGCCACCAUUACCUGGUACAAACGAGGUGGAUCCUUGCCAGCCGGCCACCAGGUCUCCGGUUCCCACCUGCGCAUCGCGCGGCUCUCCCCGGCCGACCUUGGGGAAUACGUCUGCCGCGUCAGAGUGGGUUCCCUCACCCGAGAAGCUUCCGUCCUCGUCUCCCGCACCCGCUCCUCCACCUUUGGCGUGGCUCCCCCCGUGAGGAUCGAGGCCUCAUCGGCCGUCAUCGCUGAAGGACAAACGCUGGAGCUGGACUGCGUGGUUUCCCGCCCGGAGCAAGCCAUGGUUACCUGGUACAGGCGGGGUGAAGCCCUGCCAGCCCAUCACCAGGCCUUGGGAACUCGCCUGCGGCUGAUCAAGGUCUCUCCCGCCGACUCCGGAGAGUAUGUUUGCCGGGUCAGCUCCGAUGCUGCCAGCCAUGAAGUCUCCGUCUUGGUCACUGUCCAGCAGCAGGAGGGCAGCCCCACUUUCCCCUCCGGGGUGAUCCCCCCCGUCCGGAUCGAGUCCUCCUUCACCUCGCCCUCCGAGGGCCACAUCUUGGACCUCAAAUGCAUCGUGGCCGCCUCCGUGCCGCAGGCGAAAGUCACCUGGUAUAAGCGAGGGGCAGCUCUUCCUGUCGGCCACCAGGUCUCCGGCUUCGUCCUGCGCAUCCCCCAGGCUUCACCAGCUGACUCUGGGGAGUACGUCUGCCGCGUCAGCCACGGCUCGGCCGUUCACGAGGCCUCGCUGCUGGUGACCAUCAAGGGCGAAACGGGCUCCUACUUUGUGGGCGUCACUCCUCCGAUCAGGAUUGAGACCUCCUCCACGGCCAUCUCGGAGGGGCAGACCUUGGACCUGAACUGCCUGGUGGCCGGCCAGUCCCAAGCCAGGGUCAUGUGGUACAAGCGCGAGGGCGCUCUGCCCGUCCACAGUCAGAUUUUCGGAACCCGCCUCCGGAUCUCACAGGUUUCGGCGGCCGAUUCGGGCGAAUACGUCUGCUACGUGAACGACGGCACCAGCCGACUGGAGACGUCCAUCAUCGUGUCCAUUCCCAGCAGCUCACACACUUCCGUAGUGAUUCCGCCGGUGCGGAUCGAAUCCUCCUCUUCCUCCCUCGCCGAGGGGCAGACCUUGGAGCUGAACUGCGUCGUGACUGGCCAGACACAUCCCAAAAUCACCUGGUUCAAGAGAGGGGGACCCCUCCCCCCCAACCACCAGGUCUCGGGCACUCGCCUCCGCAUCCCGCAGGUCUCCUCUGCCCACUCGGGCGAGUACGUCUGCCGCGUCAGCAGCCCCACCGCCGUCCAGGAGGCGGUGUUGUUGGUCACCAUCCAGGAUAGCGAGGCCCCCUCCCCCCCUCUAAGGAUUGAGGCGUCCUCCCCCUCCGCCGUGGAAGGCGGGACCCUGGACCUGUCAUGCGUUGCUCCAAGCCAGCCCCAGGCCACGUUCACCUGGUAUCGGCGAGAGGGCCAGUUGCCCGCGGGCCACCAGGUCUCCAACGCCCACUUGCGGCUGGUCCAACUCACCCCCGCCGACUCCGGCGAAUACGUCUGCCGUGUGAGUGCAGGCGGCGUCACGCAGGAAGCCUCUUUCGCGGUCUCUGUCAUGGCGAACACCAGUCCUACGUCCCGUCUUCACAGCCCCAUCAUCUCCAUCGAGCCUCACAGCGUGCUGGUGCGCGGAGGGGAAGAAGUCACCUUCAGCUGCCGCAUCCACAAAGGCACCCCGCCCCUUGAGAUCACCUGGAAGCUGCCCAACGACCAGCUGCUAGAUAACGUGAGGAUCAGCCCUAACGGCUCUGCCGUCACCAUCUCCAACGCCCGUCCGGAAAACCACGGGGCCUACCGCUGCGUGGUCUCCAACCGGUUUGGGAUUGCCAACAGCCUGGUCAACGUCAUGGUCCAAGGGCUGCCUACCAUCUCAGUGGUGCCGAAGGGCCCCCUGCAGCUCAAGGUGGGAAAGUCCAUCAGCGUGGAUUGCCUGGCGACCGGGGAGCCCCGGGCUGUAGUGCGCUGGACCAAGCUGGGAGCCUGGAGGAAGCUGGAGAACCAGAGGCUGCGACCGUUGGAGAGCCGAGCCGUGCUGCAGAUCUCCUCCGCAAAGCUGGGGGAUGCCGGCACCUACGUGUGCGUGGCCCAGAACGCCGUGGGCACCACGGAGGCCCAGGUGGACGUGAGCGUGGAGGCAGUGCACGGCAGGAGAGGAGUCCCCGAAAUCCACGUGACUCCGACCCAGACAGUGCAGGCCGGACAGACGGCUCGGCUCCAUUGCUCUGCCACAGGUGACCCGACACCCACCAUCCAGUGGUCCAAGCUGCGGGCUCCGUUGCCCUGGCAGCAUCAAGUGGUGAACGACACCCUCAUCAUCCCCCGGGUGGCCCAGCAGGACUCGGGCCAGUACAUCUGCAACGCCAGCAACUCUGCGGGGUUCACCGAAGCCUUUGUGGUGCUGGACGUGGAGAUACCACCCUACGCCACCAGUCUUCCCAACCGGGCAGUGGUGCAGGAGGGCGAGGCGGUGCAGCUGCAGUGCCUGGCCCACGGCACGCCCCCCCUGCGCUACCAGUGGACCAAGGUGAACGGCAGCCUCCCUGGAGGGGCUACGGUACGAGAAGGGGUCCUGCACUUCAGCCAGGCCGGACACCGGGAUUCAGGCACCUACCGCUGCCACGUCAGCAACCGGGUGGGCUCCGCUGAGGCUUUGGCCCAGGUCUAUGUGCAAGGCCGUGCUGGUGGGCCUCUCUCCGUUCAGGUCACCCCUCAGAGCGACACCAAAGCCGUGGGUGCCACAGCAGAGUUUGUCUGCUCCGUUUCCGGGGAUGCCAGGAGGCAGAUCGAGUGGUUCAAAGAGGGCGGGGAGCUGCCUCCCACUCACACCAUCCACAACGGAGUGCUGCGGAUUGAGAAGCUGGACCGAGAGUGCCAGGGGGUGUAUGUCUGUCGGGUCAGGGGUCCCUCCGGCCAGGCCCAGGAGAGGGUCAGCCUGACCGUCCAGGCCCUCCCCAAAGUGAUGAUCAACAUCCGGACGUCGGUGCAGACCGUCCUAGUGGGCAGUGCCGUGGAGUUUGAGUGCUUGGCCUUCGGGGACCCCAAGCCGGACAUCACCUGGAGCAAAGUGGGCGGGCAGCUGCGCCCGGGCGUGCUGGCCAGCGGAGGCCUGGUGAAGAUCGAACGGGUGGAGCAGGCCGACGCGGGAAAGUACCGCUGCACAGCCACCAACAACGUCGGCACCGUCCAGUCCCACGUCAUCCUGCACGUCCAGUCUUCCCCCCACGUGGCCGCCCAGCCGGAAGUGAGGGAGGUUUCUGCGGGCUCCACCGUGGUUUUCCCGUGCUCGGCCUCCGGGUUCCCCGUCCCGGAAAUCAAGUGGACCAAGCUGGAAGGGGAGCUGCCCCGGCAUGCCCAACUGGAAGGCCACAGCCUGACCAUCCCCUCGGCUCGCCCGGAGGACACAGGCGUCUACGUGUGCACGGCGUCCAACCGGCAGGGGAAGGGGACGGCCUUCUCCAUGCUCAAAGUGCGAGAGCGGGUGGUGCCCUAUUUUACCCAGAAUCCUCGGUCUUACCUGGUCCUGCCCACCAUGAAGGACGCCUACCGGGUGUUUGCCCUGGAGAUCACCUUCCGCCCCGAUACCCCGGAUGGGAUGCUGGUGUACAACGGUCAGAAGAAGGACACGGGCAGCGACUUCUUCUCCUUUGGGCUGGUGGGGGGCCGCCCAGAACUCAGGUUCGAUGCCGGAUCCGGCAUGGCCACCAUCCGUCACCCUUCGCUUCUCAAACUGGGCGAAUUCCACACCGUCCGUCUCUAUCGCAACCUGACGCAGGGCGCCCUGGCGGUGGAGGGCCAGCCCCCCGUGAACGGCAGCUCCCAGGGCAGGUUUCAAGGCCUGGAUCUCAACGAGGAGCUCUACCUGGGCGGGUACCCCAAUUACGCGGCCAUCGCCAAAACCGGCCUCGGCAGUGGAUUUGUAGGAUGCGUGCGCCAGCUGAUCAUCCAAGGGAAGGAAGUGAUCUUCAAGGAUUUUGACCUGCAAGCCCACGGAGUCUCCCACUGCCCCACCUGCCAGGACCGACCGUGCCAGAAUGGAGGGGUCUGCAGAGACUCGGACAGCAGCAGCUACGUAUGUGAGUGUCCCCAGGGGUUCGCCGGCAGCAACUGCGAGCACCCCCAGGCCCUGCGCUGCCAUCCAGAGGCCUGUGGGCCCGAAGCCACUUGCGUGAACCAAGCCUCCGGAGAGGGCUACACCUGCCGUUGCCUCUUGGGCCGACACGGGAGGAAGUGCACGGCGGGCCUCACGGUGACCACCCCCCACUUCCUGGGUGGGGACGCUUUCAUCUCCUACCCGACCCUCACCCGAAACCCUUACGAGCUGCGCCUGGAGGUCGAGGUCAAGCCGCUCUCCCCCAAUGGCCUCCUCCUGUUCAACGGGGGCGACGGGAGCCCCGUUGCUGACUUCGUCGCACUCAACAUGGCCAACGGGCACCUGGAGUUCCGCUACGAACUGGGCUCAGGUACCGCCGUGCUCCGGAGCCACAAGCCCCUGGCCCUGGGGCAGUGGCACAAGGUGGCGGCCGAGCGCCUGAACAAAGACGGCACCCUGCAGGUGGACGAGGAGCGGCCCGUCAAGAGGUCGUCCCCCGGGAAGAGUCAGGGCCUCAACCUGCGCACCUCUCUCUACCUGGGAGGGGUGGAGGGCUCGGUCAAGCUCCCGGCAGCUGCCAACAUCUCCAGCCACUUCCAUGGGUGCAUCGGAGAGGUUUCGGUCAAUGGGAAAAAGGUGGACAUUUCCUACAGCUUCCUGGAGAGUCGCGGCAUCUCGCAGUGCACCGACAGCUCCCCUUGCGACCGCAGGCCCUGCCAACACGGCGGCCAGUGCUUGCUCACGGGGGAAUACGAAUUCCAGUGCCUGUGUCCGGACGGCUUCACGGGAGAACGCUGCCAGGUGCCCGAGGUCCAUUGCCAGCUCCACCAUCCCUGCCUCAACGGGGGCACCUGCCAGGGCACCGCCUGUCUCUGCCUCAGGGGCUUCUCGGGGCUGUACUGCGAACACGAUGCAGGGCAGCACCACCUGAAGGCCGAAUGGCCAGAAGGCAGCGGAGGAAAUGACGCUCCUGGACAGUACGGGGCCUAUUUCUGCAACGGGGGCUACGUGGCCCUGCCCAAACACGCUUUCCCCAGGAGUCUUCCUGAGUCGCCGGAGACCAUUGAGCUGGAAGUGCGGACCAACUCUGCCGAGGGGCUGCUUUUCUGGCAGGGGGUGGCCACGGGAGAGCCGGGCCCUCAGCAGCAUGUUGCUAGCCAGGAGGAAGGGGAACCAAGCAAAGGAAAGGAUUUCAUUAGCCUCGGGCUGAAGGAGGGGCACCUGCUGUUCAGUUACCAGCUGGGAAGCGGAGAGGCCAACCUCCGCUCCGAAGACCCCGUGGACGAUGGCGAGUGGCACCGGGUGACCGCUGUCCGGGAAGGGAAAAGAGGCUUCCUUCAGGUGGACGGAGAGGAGGUGGUGACCGGAGAAUCGUCCGGCCGGAAUAUCAUGGUCAACACCAAAGGCCGGAUCUAUAUAGGAGGCGCCCCUGACACCGAGACCCUCACGGAUGGGAAAUACACCUCGGGAAUCACCGGCUGCAUCAAACACGUGGUGCUGGCCAACUCCCGGCCGGGCCAGGAGCCCCGGCAGCCGAUCGACCUGCAGCAUCAGGCAGAAAUGGCCCUGAACAUUCAAGAGUGCCCCUCAUAGGGGAGGACCGCCCCCUACUUGCUCUUCGUUGCCGUCAUCGGGCCAAGGAAGAGACAUCUAUGCUGAUUAUCCUUAUUUUAUUAUUUUUAUUAUUAUUAUUACAAAUUUUUUAAAAGGAAGAAAGAGAAAAACGGUGCUUUGCUGCUGCCAAAAAGGGGAAGGGGAGGGGUACGGCGUCCUUGGCGGGCAGAAAGGGAGCCGCACGGCGGAGGAACAGGCAACCCUCCACGGGGCGCCAGAAGCUGCAGAAGGAUGCCAGAAACAGACCGGGCCCUGAAAGAGUGAGCCAGACGCCUUCUGUGCUUGACCGGCUCUGCCAGGCCGGCAGGCGGUGACUGACCAAUGCACUUGCCCUCUCUGGGGCAAUGAGAGGAUCCCAGGAAGAUGGCAUCUCGGCACACGCCCCAUGCCCAGCAAAUGCCAAGUAGGAGACAGAUCCUUCUGAAGCCCCGUCUCUGCCUCGUUGCCCUGCACGGCUGUAUUGCUUCUGACAGGUGCCCCCCCCGGGACCCCACUUCGCCCUAUACCUGCGGGUCCUCAAGGCCAGCUGCCUUAACCCCUGGAUCGUGCCCGGCUCUGGCUGGGAUUCUCGGGGUCUCUGCUGCACCCUGGGAGGGGUCUGUCCCAUCGCCUUUGGGUUGCUUCGGUGCCUUAUUUUUGAGGGAUGAGGGGUGUCUCUUAAAGGAUUCACGCGCUAUCUCCCAGGCCAAUCCCCUCACCCAUCCUCUGGCCUGCUGUUAUUUCUCACAGCAAAAUCUCUGGUAAUGAGGCUGGUUGUUUUGGGGGGGGGGGAGAACAGAGGGGUGCUGCCUUCCUGCCCCUGCUGUGGGUCAGAGCCAAAAAGAAGGGGUUCUUUUAUAGCUUUGCUUAACUAGCCAAGUCCAAACAAACUUCCAUUGCUCAGAACAGGAUUGCUGAUAGCUGGCCUCCUUCUCUUCUCCUGCCAGCUGGCCUCCACGCACCGAGGCCAGCAAACAUCUCAGGCUUUUGGGGGUGCCUGGUUGUACUUCGGCCGGGGCCCCACCCUUCUCGUGUAGGCCUGGCUGUCCUGGGCCUGUUUGGGCAAACCCCCGUGUCCAGGAUUGGGGGGGCUUAGCCUGGAGACCCUCUUUGCUCCUCUCUCUGCUUCCCUCACCCGCCUGCCCUUGUACUUCUUUUUCUUAAUAAAUGGUGCUGAACCCCA